AUGUCAGACCCUCCGGUUCUGGUCGUCGGUGCUGGCAUCAGCGGCCUCGUCCUGGCCCAAUACCUCCAGAGGCAUCGCGUGCGCUUCGAAAUUUUUGACCGAGACUCUGCCCUGGACGCUCGCUCUGGGGGCUGGGGUUUGACGUUGCAUUGGGCACUCCCGGCUCUACGUGAGCUGCUUCCGGACCAUCUAGUGCAGCGCUUCCCCGAGACCUUUGUCAACAAAGAAGCCUCCGCUCGCGGUGAUGUAGGCAGCUUUCAGUUCUUCAAUCUCCAGUCAGGCGAGGCAUUAUACAGUGUCCCUGCUGAAGAGCGUAUUCGAGUUAAUCGCGGACGGUUGCGUGAACUUCUCACAACUGAUAUAAAGGUCCAUUGGAACAAAACAUUCCGGAGCCUAGAAUCCUCCUCAGAGAGCAUCACGGCACAUUUCGAGGACGGUACUUCAUAUUCUGGUCGCCUGCUAGUUGCCUGUGACGGAGCUCGGUCACCUGCCCGUCAGAUACUAUAUCCUCAUGGUGCCCAGAUGAAUCCACUGCCCGUACAACUACUCGGCGCAUCGGCUUUCUACACGGAAGAGGAGCUACGCGGAGCACAGUUAAUUGACCCGUAUAUCUUCCAAGGGUCGCAUCCCGACACCGACGUGUUUCUAUUCUUCAGUUUUCUGGAUACCCCCAACAACUUUGAUGAGAGCAGCAAAGACCGCUACCAUGUUCAGAUCAUUGUAUCUUGGGCUGACGAGAAGGGAAUCGCUAUUCCAACGGAAAAUGCCGAACGCAUUGUUUUGAUGAAGAAACUGACAGAUAAUUGGGCGGAACCCUUUCGCACCUUGCUACAGAACCUUUCAGACGAGACCGAAGCUCGCUCAAUCCGCAUUGAAGACUGGAUCUUUACGCCCGGCCAAUCUCAUGCCCACCCCCGGGCAGUCCUCAUGGGUGAUUCGGCACACACGAUGACAAUGUUUCGUGGCGAAGGGGCUAAUAAUGCCAUUGUUGAUGUUCAAGAUCUCGUGAAACACGUAGAUAUGACAAAUUCGCAGUCCUUCAGCUCCGAGACUCUGUCAGUCUCAUUGGCAGCUUAUGAAAAAGAAAUGUUCUCCCGAGUCGAACCUAGUUUUCUCAAUUCGCGACAGGCCUGCCUAGAUGCACACGAUUUUUCCAAAAUUGUAGCAGACAGUCCUCUAGUCGCUGCGCGAGUGCUUAAGAAGGGUCUCUAA